UCGUUGGCGCGGGCGUCCGACCAACACGGGCGAGAGAGAGCCGCCCGCGGUGGACAUGGAUCGCGACCCACCACGGACGGCUCGGGGUAGAGCACGUGUGUGCGCGCAACCCCCUGUACACCGUGCACGCCCCCUCGCCGGUCACGGCACACUCUGGUAAGCCGGCAGGGGUUGGACACGCCCACUCGAGGCGGAACAACCACCCCACCAGACGGGGUACGCCGGUACGCCCGACCACGUCUCCUACGACGGCUCCUCCGCUACUAAUAAUACGCCGAUAUACCACCUAUUCAAGCCACCAUGGCUCUACGUGGAGGUCCCGAGGCCAGCUUCCACGGGACGCGCGCCGCUUCUCACUCACCAAAGACACUGCUAAUCGCGCGCCCGACCACGCUCUGAUCGCCGACCGCGAUUUCGCACGGAUUCUACGUACGCAACGCGGCACCCUCGGUCGCGCUCGCCUGAUUCGUGCUGAUUCGUCGCGCGCUCGCUUCCGUCGUGUUCUCUCGAGAGGAAGAAGCGAGAUCCGGUUCCGGUUGUACUCGCGUAAUAUCGAACGUUUUUGGUGCUCUCCUCCUCGCUCUUCUUCCAGGAGGAUAGCGGAGAGGAGGAGAGAAAUUAGUGUGGCACGGGUGGAGAGGGGUCAGUGAUGGAAUUGGAGUGUGAUCGGGGGGUGUGAGUGAUGACUCGCCGAGUCGGGGUGCGCCCGUUUCCCAGUACCGUUUGAGGAUCCGUAAUUGUGUGAAUUUUUCUCGCUCUCUCACGAGCAGUGACAGUAGUAGCAACGGUAGUUUCGUGAGCGGAGCAUCGGAAGAAGAGAAUGGAGGAUCGAGAGGCGAGGAGGAGGUAAAGGAGAGAUAACCUCGAAGGGUUAUGUGGAGGAUGCAGGAAGGGAGGACCGUGUCGCCUCUAGGGCCGGUCGUUCUACCGCGGGAGGAAGCGGAUAUGCGUGCGGGGUUGUCGCUGCCGCCUCAAGAAAGGAGGCACGUGUUGCUCCACGUACGCACCGCCGCCGAGCCUUUUGUCCGCUACGAGAACGCGCGCCAGCAGCAGCACUCGCCCUCGCCGACCUCGCCGAUCCUCCGCCCGUUGGACGGGAACGAGGCGACUUUCCACGAGAUGGAAUCGGUGCGGUCGAAGAGGAUGGAAGAGGACGAGGCCGAGGAGGAGGAGGAGGAGGAGGAGCAGGAGGAGGAGGAGGCGGAGGAGAACGGCGAUCGCGACGAGAGGAGCGCGAGGAGGAGGAGGCGGCGGAGGAGGAGGAACGUGGUCGAGGACGAAGAGGACGAGGAGGAGCAGGAGGAGGAGGAGGAGGAGGAAGUGCAUCCGGGAGAUCGGAACGGAAGUUACCAGGAGGACGAGGAGGUCGAGGUGGACGUUUGUCGGGACGAGGUGGACGAGAGCAACCCGAGCAGCCCGGUAGACUUGACCGCCCCUUCGUCGAGGGGCGGCGGUGGAUCCGACCAGUUCCUUAACCCGUUCGCCGCCCGAGGCGUCCACCCUUUCUCGUGUGUUCAAAGCGGUGAACAGACCGCUACUGCCCACGGCACACCUGUGUACAUAUCCGCGCACGCCGCCGCCGCCGCCGCCGCCGCAGCCGCCGCCGCCGCGUCGACCGUGAUGACCGUCUGCACUUCCGGCAACGCGCCACGAACGACCGGCACCUCGACCGGCGGUGGCAUCACCACGACCGCGAGCACCGUCCAAGCGAACAAACGGUGUCUCGCGUUCUCGGUCGAGAAUAUAUUGGAUCCGAACAAGUUCACCGGCGGGAGGGUGGUGCACAGCCGCGUUCAGCAUCGGCGACAUCGGCGGGCCGACAGCGUGCACGAAGAUGGUGACUCGCGGGGCGAGUUCGCCUGCGGGAGCGGCCAAGAGGACGAGGAGGGCACGCCCGAGGCGGGGAUGGAGGAAAUGGACGAGGAGGCGGACGAGGAGGAGGAGGACGAGGACGUGGAGAUGAGGGUGGCCGACCAAGAGUCCUCGAGCGCGGGGCGAGACGGGAACGCGAGUGCGGCGAGCAACGUGGCCUCGGCCAACUGCAAGAAGAGGCAAUCCUCCUCCUCCUCCUCCUCGUCGAGCAGCGUCCAAGCGCAGGGUUGCCAGGGUCAGAACCAGGGCAGCCAAAACGGGACCGGGGGGAGCGGCGGUGGGACAGGCGGGAAGCCGAGGAGGGCCAGGACGGCGUUCACUUACGAGCAACUGGUCGCCCUCGAGAACAAGUUCAAGACGACGAGAUACCUGUCGGUGUGCGAGCGGCUCAACCUGGCCCUCUCGCUCUCGUUGACCGAGACCCAGGUGAAGAUCUGGUUCCAGAACAGGCGCACCAAGUGGAAGAAGCAGAACCCGGGGCUCGACGUGAACAGCCCGACCGUGCCCACCACGCCGCCCCAUCCGCCGCCUUACGCGCCGGCCUUCCUCUUCGCCGCUCAUCCUCACCAGCACCCCCUCCCCCACUCCCACACGCACCCGCACCCCCACACCCACGUCCACCACCCGCCACCCGUGCCCCCGCCGCCCCCCGGCUAUUAUCACCCGGCCGCGCCCCCCUACCCCCCCACGGGGCCGACGUUCUUCGGCCAUCACCUGCCCGCCACCCCGGCGACCGCCUCCGGCCCACCCCCCACCUCCACGCCAUCCUCCACGGGCCUUGCCCUCUCCACGCAUCCGCACCCGCACACGCAUCCGCACGCGUAGCGAACUCGACAAUCCGUCGCGCGGACCGCGUCCUCGCCUUCGCCGUAGUCGCACUCGAGCAAAAGUGAACUCGUCGCGAGUGUGGGUGGCGCGAAUAUGCGUCGUUGUACAGUGUGCACUUUGCGAGAUGCGCGUGAGGUAAGAGGGAUGGGAGAAAUUGGUGGUGGAAGGGUGACUUUUAACCUCCUGCCGCCUUUGGUCGAAGCGGCUUUUCAUCUUUCGGACGAUGUCGAUCGAGUUGUAAGUAGUUGCACGCACCGAGGUAAGGGAAACACGAACGGAUACGAUUAUUGUACUUUUAUUAAGAAAGUUGUUCGAUACGCUUUGACUGAAGAGGGCAGCGCGUAAAGGAAUAAAAAAAACCGAGUAUGUAAGAUGAUGUAUAAUAGGGAUCGUUCGAGCGAAUCGAGGUGUCUUUCCGUGGAUUCCGAUCAUAUACAUAUAUAUAUAGCUUCGUUAUUUGUAGACACACAGAAACAAAGACACACACGCACACACUCACGUUGUCCUCAGUGUCGAAUAUCGUCGAGAUCCACGGCGGAACGCCGCAAUUGCGAAUUGUAAAUAGCGCCAGCCAUUCCGUUCUUCACCUGCACCAAUUCCAUCUCGAAGAGAACCAUCGUUAUCUUUCCUCCCGAGGAAAGAAUAUAAUAGCGUUCAAGCCACUUGAAACAUAUCUCGAAUAUAUAUAUAUAUCUCCGACCGUCGACCCAUCCGUUUCGUCCACUUUGUUCGAUGAUCGUCGCGCAUCGGGGGAUGGACUGCCCCCUCCCUCUCCCCCACGAUCAUAGGGUAAUCGGUUUACGCGGGGGCGAGGCGCGGAAAACGAGCCUGUCUCUUGGAGGAUAUUGUCGGCUCGUUUAAAAUUCGCCGAACACGCGAGGAGAAGGGGACAUCCCAAGCGGAAAGAUAAAUACGCGGUGAUACGCGGCCUUUGGAAUAACAACGGGCGGUCGAUUACAACGGUUGGCCGCUGUAAAACCGGAUACAUACGCGAUUGAAAAAUUGAACGAGUACGCGGCGGCGUUAUUAUUACGGUUUUUAUUUCGGUGCAAUAUUCGCGAUUACGUGCAGCGCGAAACGCGUCGGGAAAUUGUGCAACUCCUUUUCCUUUAUCCAUCUCUCGUUACAUCGUAAAUUGUCGAAAGAUCGGUGGGACUUUUGUUCUCUGAGAAUUUUAAAGGGAGGGGGGGGAAAUUUGCGACUUGAAUUUAAGAUUAUCAUUGCACGAUUAUCCAAAAUUUUCGGUAUAAAAGUGAACGAAGGGUGAAAUUUCUCGUACAUCGUUGUAACAUAUUCAACGCCUUCGUUGAUGGCGGCGAGAGAAAGUGGCGGAGAGAUCAUCUGUAAUAGGUGUAAAAACGGAAGAAGGAAGGCGAAGAGGUGGUAAGGUGUGCGUGAGAGAAAGGGUUAGCGGAGCGGGUGUGUCUGUCGCGAGUGGAUGAGCGAGAGAGAGAGAGAGAGAGAGAGAGAAGGAUUUAGCGAGCAAAUUUUUUGUGCUGCAAAAACUGCAAAAAACUGAACCACGUCGGAACGCAGUGGAACGUUCCUGUGUAAAAUAAAAUACCGUACGUUACACUCGUAAGCCUUUGCCAGUAAAUACACGCAGAUUAUCCCAUACAGCAUACGCGCCGGCCUCAACGAAGAUCGAUCAACCCUGCGUGCACCCGAUGCAGGUGCCGCUGCAAAUCGAGCAUACUUUGCGUAUUAUGCGUAUUCCAGUCCAUUCGAACGAUCGCGUGGCCGCAACGAUUUUAUAUUCCUUAUGUAUGCUCGUCAUUCGUCUCCAACGCUCUCAUCCACUCUCCACCCUCCCUUGAAUAAUCCAUUUUCACGAAAAAUUAUUAAACGCAGUGCGCAUUUAUUUUCGUUAUACGCUCGAGUCGUUUUUAUUACGGAUAAAAUGGCACUAUGAUAUUCGAACGGACGAACGUGGCAAAAUCGGAAAAAAUUUUCUGACGAUAAUAAAAUUUAAAUUCAAUCGAUCUACAGUAUGAAACUGUUUCCGUUUCGACUUGAAUAUCUCUCUUUAAACGCGAUGAGAAUAGAAUUUCGUAUCGAGCUUAUUAUAACGAGUGAAUAAACACUGUACCUGUAAGUCUAAACGAUCUAGGAGGCCUGGAAUUCUAAUUAUCUCUUAAACUCGGACUUCUUCCACCUGCUUUUUUUCUCAAUCAACCCUCCUUUUUCGUCCAGCCGCAAUCGGUUUCUCGCGGCGAAGCGGAGUGGAAAUUUUCGCAAAAGCGGGGAGAGAGAGAGAGAGAGAGGGAGCUGCACGAGCACAGAAAGAGCGGAGAGCGCUAAACGAGUCGAGCCAUUAGACGGCCGGAUGGCGGAGGAAUAUUACGCGCUUUGAACGGCCGUUCGUCCAAAGUCGUCCAGCCUUCCACGCACGGUUCGUGAUAUACAGUGGCGGCUUGUUGUCAACCCGUCCCAAAGGCAGCCACGUUCAAUUGACGGAAAAUCGCUCGCGCCUUGCUUUGAUGCCGAAAUUAGAAAGCACGAGGCGAGGCGCAGGCCUCCUGAUCCGGCCUUCGAGGCGCUGACAAAGGCCUCCUCUGGGACAAUGAUGGACGUUUGACGAGCAGAGAUCGGCGCUUUUUGCAACGCGAUAAUUCGCUUGCCUUCGUUUCUCUUCUACUCCUCUCCUCUUGCUCCUUUCUCUUUUCUUUUUUUUUUUUUUUUUUUGGCAAAUGCGUCCACGCAAGAUUCCUGAAACGAAAAAUCGUUAAAAAUUGCCAGAAGGAAAAACGUUGGAUUAUAACGUGGAACUAGAAUGAACGAGGAGAAUUUCGCAUAAGAUAAAAAUUAAAAAAAAAAGGGAUCGAAUCGACGUUUAUAAAGGUCGAUCUGCAGCGCGGCUUCUGAAAAAUGGCGGUCGAUGAGCGGGUAACAUAUCGCUCGAAACGUUCAACGUUGGCGAUACAACGCUAUUACUCAUCGUCAUUAAUGAGAAAGAUAUUUCGACUGGUCGUUGUAACCCAGUCCCAAUGGAAUUUUUCGUCGACAUCCGACAGCGUGAAAUAUUUUUACCCGUCGUUCGUGUCCAUGCGAACAUAUGCGUGCAAAUCAGUCCAGAUGAAACACUACACGUCGUUCGCAGAGGAAUCGUUGGACGUACAAAUCGAUCCUCUCGAUACCCUCGAAACUUGGUAACUCGAAUCUCAAAAAGAUCUCCAAAAUCGUGUAAGAAAAUCGAUAGAUUAUUAUUUUUCCAAUUGGGAAACGGAAUCGAGGAAAAAUUCGCAAAAAUUUUAAACUAUAUAGUUUUUCUGAAUGAAUGAAUGAAUGAAUCUCCGUAGAAAGAAUGGAAAGGAAGAAGACUUUGAACUCAAUUUGCAGAAAGUUGAAAUAAUUAAGGAAUUAAAGAAAGUUCAAGUUUUGUUUCUGCCGAAUCUAAUAGGUAUUUCACCAAAAAUUUCUUAUUGCAUCAGUUUUCUUUCCAUCGUUACUUCCGUACAUUUUUUCUUUUUUUUUGGAAAUUAAUCGGUCAAUUCUUACGAAAAAAUUUUUCAGAAAUAGAUCGAUUAAAAUCGAAGGGGAGGAACACAAAAAUGAUCCUCCUUAUACACAUUUUUCCAGAGAAAAAAAAAAAAAGAAAAAUCGCAAAUCAGAAAUUCGUCCGUCGAGGACAAAAGACAGAAAUCAGUAGGGCAGCGAAAAUUAGCCUUAUCAGUCUCACCAACCCAUUCGACCGUAGACAAUGAAAAAGACCUCCUCGUGUUCCUCCCCCUCUCUCCUCGCGUUUCAGGCCCUUUCCUUUUUAUCUCGACCCUUCGAAACGACGGUGUUAUCAAGCCGGGAUGGCAGCUCCGGGGGAGUAAGUUAGAUCGACGCGAACGGUAAUGCGAAAGGAGAGCGAAGAGGAGGAAGAAGAAGAAGAAGAAGAAGAAGAAGAAAGUGGCCUCUAUGGAGGGAGAGAGAGGAGGGAUGAUCCGAGGGUAGGAGGAAGAGGCGGCUGUCGCACGGCCGCCGGACGAUUCUCUCGAAUUAAUUCUUAGGGGUGGAUUUGGAAAGGGGCUCCGCCACCGCCUGUAAGGGGUGUGAGUCGACCGAGUGGACCGUGAAAUAACCAACCCCGCGCGACACUCGCUCCCCGCGCACAGUGGCGUAGCCUCGACGGGCCAAGGUGGAACGUACGGAAGAAGAAUUCUUUCCUCGAGGACGCUUAACCUCGGAGAAUGGAACACGGGUGCAAACGCGGAGGGAGGGAGGGCGCUAAUUAACGAUCCGUCUCUCUUAGGCGGGUGUCCCUCGUGUCGGCUUGUCUCGGGGACGAUUGGCUCAUUAGCGUCGAAAAUCAACGAUUGAUCGAUAUCGGAAACAACGGGGGACACGGUCGUGUCAUAUUUCGAUACGUUCUAAUCGAGUCACGAUUUUAAUUCGUCGAAAGUUGUCGGUGGAGAUAGAUGGAAGAUUUUACAAAUCUAAUUUGGAAUCUAAUUUAUUCGAAGUUUGUAUCAAGAAUGAAAUCGAAAAAUGGUGAAACUCCUUCUUGUUGAAAUUAAAGUUUUUCAUUAUCGGGGGCGCAAUAAGCGAAAUAAUAACAAUACACUCUUAAAUAUUGAUUUUUAAAUUACUUUUAAACAGAAUUUUCCAAUUCUUCAUAUAUCUAUAUACGCGAUAUUUAUUCUCUUAAUUUAAAUCCAAGCAGUCCACGGGGACAAAAGAAAAAGAAAAAAAAACCUGCGUGUUAUAAAUUCUCCUGGACCUAGACGGCAAGGCCGGCUAAGUUCUCCGUUCCCCGUGGCGCGUUUAAAAUGGUGGCGGCUCGUUAUCAGCCGCGUGAAAAGGCGCGACCGGUUAGGAAGUCGGUCUAGAGUUACCAAUUAUCCACGGUCAACCGUAUAUACCCCCUUUGUCCUUCCCCCGCCUUCAGCGUCCGCUCUCCGUCGGGUGCCAACAACGGGACGACUCCUGUGCAGCGGUUGUACACACCGAUCCUGCCGGAUCCGUGUUACGGAUUAGCAGUUUGAGGUCGCCGAGUCGCACGCAUCCAGCAAGGCACGCUGUUGCCACUGCAGUCAACCCUGUUCCACUUAAGCAUGUAAUAGCUCAAUAGCUGUUCGUUCCCCGUUCGUCCUGUCUGCUGCUGCUGCGGAUACGACGAGGCCGCACACCACUUGCGCGCGCGUGCUAUUUAUAGGACACGGGGCCUGAAGUAUGCUUCAGAAGAAGAAAAAAGAAGAAAGGAAAGGGAAAAAAGGGGGAGGAAGGAAGGAAAGAGACGUUUCUUGAGCGACGUUUCGCGGAACAGGUAAUUGGUCCAGCCGUGGUUAACGAGGCUAUCCCGUCUUGCGGAACGAUUUCGACUUGGACGAAAUUGGACGACACGCUGAUUGGAAUCUGUUAAUUGGGCGUUUGAUGGAAAUGGGAAGUUUGUUUAGGAAAUUGGAAGGAUUGUUUCGAUAUUUUCUUUGAAAAAUAGAUAUGUAAAGAAAAAUUGUUACGGGUCCAAAUGAGUCGUUUAGCUAAUUGAACAGCGCGUGGGAACUUGUAUCGAGAAAACGAGAUGUGUGUAAUUCUUUUUUUCUUUUUUUUUCACAUUUUAAAUUGUAAACAGGAGAAUUCUAACGUCCAAUUUAUAUUCGAAGGAAAUAAUAAAGCUAUCCAGCUAUUACGUAAGUGCAGUUUACCUUAAUUAAAGAAAUUUCUACUUGUCGAUGCAAUUAAGAGAAGUAGCGAGUAAAUUGAUAAUUGUACAUCGAGCAAGUAUUCCUGAAUCGACGUCUCUUGUAUUUGUCAUACGCGUGACGACAAAGUUACGCAACAAAAUUCAAUCGAAAUUCCAGUUCAGAUAACUAAUGAAAUCGGAUCCCCCGUGCAUACGUACGAUUCUCGUCCGUACGUACAUUUAACUUUUUAAACUUUGUCGAAGAAUAAUAUUAUUAUUAUUAUUAUCACAUAAGACUCAGGAUUCGUGGACAAACAAGGGAGGAGGGUGGGUUGUAACGGCGCAAUAUUUUCGCAGGGUCCCCAGCUGCGAGGAGGGGAGGGGACAAAGUCGGUUCUUACGGUGGCGGCUCGAUUCCGGGCAGUCGUAGUUAAAUCGGAUAGCGGGACGAACCGUAGACGAACAAAAGCCUCCGCGGAUCGAUCGAUUGGCUGCGAGCCGUUAUCUUUCGCGUCCGCGCCACUCUCUUUCCUCGUCCAACCCGCGCCGCUGUUUCCCGCCCGCGAUGCGGACGCGUCCUCUCGCUUGUCUCGCGAGCGGAACCAGAUCAACCGGGGGGGAUUAUGACGGUGGCAGCCGCCGCCACCCCUCCCUCCUUCUUCCUUUUCUUCUUGGGACCGAUUCCAUCGAAACCUCUCCUCUUUGGCUCCAUUUGAUGCGAAUUAAGUGGAAGCCUUUCGAAGCGGUUAUCUCAGUUGCAGAGGGAGGGGGAUUAAAACUCGUCUGGCAAAUUUCCGUUCCGUUCGCUCGCCUCGAUUUCCUUUAAGCGGCAUAAUAAUCGAACCUGCGAGAGAUCGAAAGAUCGAGAAAGAUCUAAUAGGGAGAUGAUUAUCGAAACUCAAACCAAAAUGUUGUUUCCAAAAUUUCUUCAAAUUCCACUCGAAAUCGUGUGAAUCAAACAAAAAAAUCCAAUUCCACUGAUCCAAAUCCAACCUAACGAAAUUUAUUAUCAAAAUAUCCGCUUAAUUACCAGCCGGGGUUUCGAUUACCUUCGACAUCGAGUCUAAUCCUCGGCCGUGCAGCGUCGAUUGAUUUUGCAACCGGAACAGGAGGAAGGAAGGAAGGAAGGAAGGAGAGAGACGACGGAGAUCGAAGCCGAAAAAAAAGAGAGAAAGGAGGUAUGGCGGUCGUAGUUUCGAUUAAAAAGAAAAGAGAAAAAGAAAGGAAGAAGGAGAGAGGAAAAAAGAAACGAGAGAGAGAGAGAGAGAGAGAGAGCCGCCUCCGACGAAAAUUGGCGUCGCCUAUGCACAUCCAUCCACAUGCACUUUCACCUUAGCGAUCGGCCGAGUGUGUCGUGGUGGGUGGAACGUGGUGCUCGUAUCUGACUGCACACACACGCACACACACACGCACGCAUAUACAUACAUACAUAUAUAUAUAUAUAUAUACAAAGGCUCACAAACACGCGGGCGGGAGAACGGAAUUCGGUUCGACCUCAACAGUGCAAACAGAAGCAUUGAUUUCACCGCUUUCAAACACCCCCUAGCAAAGCGUCAGCCGCUCGGGGUGGUCCCCAGGCCGCGUGUACGUGAGGGACCUGCGCGCUCCGGACCGGAGGAGGUGGGUGUGCGCGUGCACGAGAGGGGCCAGGGGGGAGAAGGACGAUCGGCUCCGCUCCGCUCCUCUCCUUGUCGCCGAUGCGGUUCUAAUAAUAAUGCUAAUUGAAAUCAGCACCGCCGCGAAAAUCGACAGCCCUUCGGGUUUCCACGCUCGAAUUGCCAACGCCUCGCAAUGCGACCUCGUCUUUUCGAUCGUGCACACAUCCUGCGAGGGGGUGGGGAGGGAGGGAUGAAGGGGAGGGAGGGAGAGAGGUGAAAGAUUUUAUAAAAGAAGAACUCCUCGGUAGAAUCGAUUAAGCAACUAAAGUGAAUUCCUCUUCUAAUUCUUCCUUUAUAACUCGAUAACAUUUAUAGAAUGUUGCAAUUGUAAUUGUUAAAUAGGAAGCGUCCAGUGGAGUCGUCAAGAAAUUUCGAAAUUUCUUCUUUUCCUUUCGAGAUUCGAUUGCAAAAUGAUUUGGCCACGAUCUUACAUCGAUGAACUAUGCUCCCCGCAAAUAUUGUUGCAAGAUUUGACCGAGCAAAACUCACCCCCUCUCUCUCUCUCUCUUCACCCGAAGAAAGAAAAGCUGCGCAAAAUCUGUGGCAAAAUCGUUGGCGUCGAGGAACAAGUGGACAAGGAACGUGGAACAACGGCAUAGAGACUCGUGCCCCCUCCUCCUCGGCCUCCUCCUCACCUUUCCGCGAAGAAGAGAGCAGUCAGGGUGGCAAUAACCCGGCUGUGCUACGUGGGUGUUGAGGGGGUGUGGGUUCCGGCUCGGAUAGUUGAGCGGCGUUGUGGGUGGGGGAGGAAGGAGGGAGGGGUGGCGUGGGCUGCUGGGAGGGUUGGGAAGGGGCGGCGAAGCGAACGUUUAAUAAAAGAUGCGCAGAGAUAGCGCCAUUACCCCGGCUUGCAUUAUUUACCGGUGCGAGGCAACUCUCUGGCCGCGUUCCGCCGCAGUCGCGGCGUUAGGUAGGCGUGUCGUGUCCAAGUGUGUGUGUGUGUGUGUGUGUGUGUGUCUGUGUGUUCGAGAGACGAGGAUGCAUGUGUACCUGCUUCAUCCACCCUGUACCCGUCGUCUUGGUUACAUGGAAGAAUGGGGGCGAUCGGUGGCCGCGAGAUCGUUGAUUUUUCUCGCGAUGAUUAUACGGGUGGUGAAAAUUUCUAGGGAUGCUUCUCGCUUUUGGGAGGAAAGGAAUGCGUGCGUGCGUGUACAGGAUAGCGGAUGGUAAGGUGAUUAUACUUAAUUUGCUUUUUCGAUCUCUGAGAAUUGUAGUUUUGGAAAUAGUGUUGGAAAGAAGUAAAAACUGUUUCAAGCAGUUAUAUCGUUGACAUUAUUUUUAUUACACGUACGUUGGAUGUGAUAUUCGAUAAAUUUAUCUUCCAAUGGAACGGAUCCUCGAGAAUUUGAAAAAGCCUUAAUCUUCAAGGAUAUCUGCGGAUUAUAAAUGGAUUUAACUCUAACGGAUUAAAAAAUUGAUGCGAUCCUUAAAAAUAUCUUUAAUAUUUUUUAAUCUUUAAACCUAUCUAAGAACUAUAUAAGAAUAUUGUGAACUUGUAAAAAAAUACGAAUUAAAACGAAAAUUGUCCAAA